GUAGGCGCUCUGAAACUUUAUAAAAGUGGUGAGAGGAGAAAUCGGUUUGCGCGCAACGUCACGCUGGAGAGUUUAAACUGGACAAGAUGGCGGAAGACAGCGGGCUGAGGAAUCGGAGUCGCUCGUCGAAGAGCCGUAAAAAUCGACGACAGGUUGAAGCAUUUAAAUAUACAGUUGUUGAGGACGGUGUGGAGGACGUUCCAAUGCUGAUCCCGCCCCAAAUGCCCCAGGUGGUUCAUAUGAAGAAAUGCCUGGUGGGUGCCCCCCCAUUAGCUGAAGUGGAGGGCUUCAUGGAUGAGGAGGAGCCUAUUCUGGUAAAGGAGGAGCCAGCCUCGGUAAAGGAGGAGCCAGCCCCGGUAAAGGAGGAGCCAGCCCCACUGGAGGUGGAGCCGGAACCAGAACCAGAACCAGAAUCAGAGAAGGCUAGGCCAGUUCAGGUUGUGGUGGCAAAUGAAAAUGACCACGGUUUUGAGCUUGACGCAGCUGCGCUGGAACGCAUUCUUAUGCAGGAGCAUGUCCGUGAUUUAAACGUGGUGGUUCUGUCAGUGGCCGGAGCUUUCCGGAAAGGCAAGUCCUUCCUGUUGGACUUCAUGCUGCGGUACAUGUACAACCAGUCCUCUCCAUGGUUGGGGGGCAAUGAAGAGCCUCUCACUGGCUUCACCUGGAGGGGUGGCUGUGAGCGAGAGACCACAGGUAUACAGGUGUGGAGUGACGUGUUUGUGGUGGAGAAGAAAGAUGGCAAUAAGGUGGCUGUUCUCCUGGUGGAUACUCAGGGAGCCUUUGACAGCCAGUCCACUAUCAAAGACUGUGCCACAGUGUUCGCUCUCAGCACAAUGACCAGCUCAGUACAGGUCUAUAAUCUCUCUCAGAAUAUUCAAGAGGAUGACUUGCAGCAUCUUCAGCUCUUCACCGAGUAUGGAAGACUGGCCCUGGAAGAGAUAUAUGAGAAGCCCUUUCAGAAACUGAUGUUCCUGAUCAGAGACUGGUGUUACCCCUACGAGCAUAACUACGGCCUGGAGGGAGGGAACCGUUUCCUGGAGAGAAGGCUUCAGGUGAAGCAGAACCAACAUGAGGAGCUGCAAAACGUUAGGAAGCACAUCCACUCCUGCUUCUCCUCCAUCGGCUGCUUCCUGUUGCCCCAUCCCGGCCUAAAGGUCGCCACCAACCCCAACUUCGAUGGCAGACUGAAGGACAUCGAUGACGAUUUUAAGAGGGAGCUGAAGGAGCUGGUGCCUCUGCUGUUGGACCCUGAAAACCUGGUGGAAAAGGAGAUCAACGGGGCCAAGGUCACCUGCAGGGACCUGCUUGAGUACUUCAAGGCUUACAUCAAGAUAUACCAAGGGGAGGAGCUGCCACAUCCCAAGUCCAUGUUACAGGCGACGGCUGAGGCCAAUAAUCUGACUGCUGUAGCCGGUGCCAAAGAUACCUACAGUAGAGGCAUGGAGCUGAUCUGCGGCGGGACCAAGCCGUACAUCGCCCCCUCUGACCUGCAGCGGUACCACGAGCAGCUGAAGGAGAAGUCCGUCCUGCAGUUCCGCGCCAUCAAGAAGAUGGGUGGGCUCGAGUUCAGCCAGCGUUACCAGGAGCAACUGGAGGCGGCGCUGGACGAGCUGUUCGCCAACUUCAUCAAGCACAACGACAGCAAGAACAUCUUCUACGCCGCACGCACCCCAGCCACACUCUUCGCGGUCAUGUUCGUCACCUACAUCAUCGCCACGAUUACGGGUUUCAUCGGGUUGUCGGUGAUCGCUGCGCUGGCCAACCUGGUGAUGGGGGUCUCGCUGAUGUCGCUGUGUGCCUGGGCGUAUGUCAGGUACUCGGGCGAGUACCGCGAGGUGGCCGAGGUGAUCGACCUCACAGCAGAGGCAUUGUGGGAACAGGUCCUGAAACCCCUGACGGAGCAGUAUAUGGAGGAUAAUAUUAGACAGACUGUAGUAAACUCAAUAAGAGCUAGUUUAACAGAGCCUGUGGUCAAUCCCGGCACAAAGUUAAAAAACAACUGAUCUCCAGCCCUCAAGACACACCCUCCGCCCUUUAGUUGUUGGUUGGUUUGUUUUGUUUGUUUGUUUGUUUGUGUGAGUGGGAGAGAGAGAAUGGAGCUCAUUUCAUAGUGGAACUAAAACCAAAGUUUACACUCAACACCUGGAGUAUAGUUGUCUAUCCCCUGACCCCCCUCAGAUGCUGGCAAAUCAAACUGAGCGCACACACACUUACACACACUGACUCCUCAUUCAUAUAGAUUUACGCCAUCUUGUGUGUAGGAACAAACUGACCUAUGUUCACUUAUGUAUUAGUGACAGAAGUGACACAGAAACAAGACAACCCGGUUCUGCCAAGUUAAGUGUUAACGGUGCCAUGACGACAAUUCAUCUGAGCCUUUUAUUUUAUUCCUUUUUUUAUAUAUAUAUGUUUUGAUGCCUUUUUUUUCUGGUCUCCCAAACCGCCUUGUAAAACAAGUAUACAUGAACACAUCGAAACUGACAAAUACAGUUAUAGGCUCCAAGAUGGAUGCAUAACGGCACGACUCCCGUCAAUGACUGGUGUGUUGUCUUGGCACGUAACAUCAGAACGCUUAGCACAAAAAUCCAUCCAAGUCUCUCCGUUGUACAGCUGUUAGAAAAUCAUGUUAUUUUGUAUCAUAGAUGACAAAGCAUGUACAUGAAUGUAUAAAUACAUGAUUUUUGUAUCAUUUUUGUAGAUGACUGUAGAGGAGUAAUGGUUUGUCUGGCAGGUUUUGUGAUGUUGGUCCGGUGGAAACCACUGUUAUCUUUUUAUUCUUCUGUUUAAGACCGCCUCUGACUCCACCCCUCUCCCAAGCGCCAAUCAGAAGUAACUUAUCUGGGGACAGAGAGGAGAGGAUUGGUGGAUAGAGGAUCGAGUUUUAUCUGGCCUUUUAAAAGCUGCAUCCUGUAAUUUAUUUUUUAAAGAUGAUUAAAAAAAACAUAUUUUAAAGUUA